GCGGCCCGGUUGAAGACAGCGUUGAUGAAAGCUUUCAGGUUUCUUAUACGACGCAACACCCAUGUCUUCACCUUCCACCUCUUCUGCAGACAACCUUCUUACUCUGACUUAUAAGUACAUAGGACAAGUACCUGUUCUACUUGAUGUAUACCUUCCAGAAACCAAGAUCGUGAGCCAGGAUCUCCAGACAGCUCACAUACCUGCGGUCAUAUACUUCCACGGCGGAGGGCUAACUGUAGGGAACAGAAAGAGCUGGUUUCCUCAUUGGUUGAAAGGUGGUUAUGCUGUUUUGUCGUAUCUUCUGAUUCUUAUUUUGUAUAUGUCAGACCGCGUUAUCGAUGCAGGAUUCCUCUUCAUCUGCCCGGACUACAGGCUCAUUCCCCCGUCAUCCGGACACGACUUGCUGGAGGACAUAAAAGAUCUCUUCCACUUCGUAGUACAUGGUAUGAACGUAGCUCUCUCUACUCGCAAAGGCGCACCGCGCCUCCAACUCAACCCUGAUGCCAUUGCUGUGGCGGGCAGUAGUGCAGGUGGUCUCUGCGCUUACCUCGCCGCUAUGCACGCCCACCCCACACCCAAAGCAGUGGUGAGCUUGUACGGCAUGGGAGGUGACUUUCUUACGCCUCACUACCUCUCCGAGAAAAGGAAAGUCUUCUUUAGAGGACGAGAACUCUUGGAACCCGAGGCAUUCUCGCAAUUCAUCUAUCCUGCAUCUUUAAAUCUCGGUGCUAUCAUUGACUCCCCUUUAUCGUAUCACCCUUCUACUUCCCCGACGCCUGGAUACCCUGCUAACCCUCGUAUGCAACUUGCUCGACUCUACCUGCAGAUGGGCAACUUCUUGGACUACUAUACCGGCCAGCACGAGCCAAGUCUCAGUGCAAACCUACAGGAAGUUCUUAUUUCAGACAAUCGCGCGCAGUCCAGCGGGAAUGACAAACCAGAGGACCUCUUAUCUUUGAUUCCUAAAUCUCAUCGUGAUCUCUUCCCUCAAUUUGCGAUCUUCGACUCUUGGCCUCCUACUUUACUCGUCCAUGGCUCGGAGGAUUCCGCCGUUCAAGUCCAUGAAUCCAUACACCUUCAUAGACUGUUGCAAAGCGCUGGCGUGGCAUCAACUCUACGAGUCGUUGACAGCGAGGAGCACUCAUUCGACUACGCACCCGAUGCGCACACAAAAUUCGGAAUGAAAGGUGGACUCUUUGACGAUAUUCUCGACUUUCUAUUGAAGUACUUGUGACCUGUUGUGCCUGACAUCUGGUUUCCCACUAUAUACAUUAUACACGUGGUUCUGAUCGCGAUAUCUGAACGUGUUGUCUCCAGGGCUGUGUUUGGCUCGCACAUCCUGUAUAGAUUCUCUUUCGCUCUCCAAUAUACUCUCAUGUCC